AUGUCAGAACAACGUCGCGAAGCUUUCAUAAAAAGAGAUACCAAUGAGACCAAAAUACAGAUCGCUAUUAGCUUAGACGGAGGGCCUGUCAAUAUAACCAAUUCAAUUCUUCCCGCAACUAACCAAUUUGAAGACCAUGCAGCCCAAUAUACUGGAGGUCAGCAAAUCAACGUACAAACCGGUAUUGGCUUUCUUGACCACAUGUUGCAUGCUUUGGCAAAACAUUCUGGGUGGUCAAUUCUUAUAGAAUGUAUUGGGGAUUUGCAUAUAGACGAUCAUCACACAAGCGAGGAUGUCGGAAUAGCGUUGGGCCUUGCAUUCAAUAAAGCUUUGGGGCCUAUCAAGGGUGUCAAGAGAUUUGGUCAUGGGUUUGCGCCACUAGAUGAAGCUUUGAGUAGAGCGGUUGUCGAUUUAUCCAAUAGACCCUAUGCAGUAAUUGAUUUGGGCUUGAAAAGGGAAAAAAUUGGUGAUUUGUCAACUGAGAUGAUUCCUCACAUCUUGGAAAGUUUUGCCCAACUGGCGUCUAUUACUAUUCAUGUAGAUUGUUUGAGAGGAUUCAAUGACCAUCAUAGAGCGGAGAGUGCAUUCAAGGCUUUGGCUAUUGCCAUUAGAGAGGCAACUUUCAAAACUGGUAAGGACGAUGUGCCCAGUACCAAGGGUGUUUUAUCGUGA